GGGUGGGAGGGGCGGGGGCUGGACCUCAGAGUCAGAGAGACAGAGAACCAGAGUCAGAAGGAGCAAAGGGCCAACCACCCCGGAUCGGAGGAGGGGGCCAGAACCCCUGGGGUAGGAAGGAAGACGGGGCUGGAUCCCCAGGCUACCGAGACGCCAUCUCCGCCCGCGUAGCCCCAGCUAUGGCUCUGUAGUCGCGACCCCUGUGUGUCCCGGCCCGUCUCCGCGCUCACCGCGCUUGCGCUCUUCUCUACCGCCUUCUUUUCUUCAGCCGAGGCCGCCGCCGCCUCUCCUUCCCGCAGCCAUGGAGUCUUCCACUUUCGCCUUGGUGCCUGUCUUUGCCCAACUGAGCAACCUCCAGAGCCUCCUUCCAGCUGUCGGUUCAGCCUUCUUCAUUGCCACCGGUGCCCAGAGCCUGUGCUGCAGCCAUGUCACUCCUGGCGACCCUGGGGCUGGAGCUGGACAGGGCCCUGCUCCCAGCUAGUGGUCUGGGCUGGCUCGUAGACUAUGGGAAACUCCCCCUGGCUCCUGCCCCCCUGGGCCCCUGUGAAAUCCUUGGGGGAGCCCUGGAGGGCGGGCUCCCAGGGGGAGGAGAGCCCCUGGCAGGUGAUGGCUUCUCUGACUGGAUGACUGAGCGGGUGGACUUUACAGCCCUCCUGCCCCUGGAACCCCCCUUGCCCCCAGGUGCCCUCCCCCCACCUUCCCCACCCCCACCUGACUUGGAAGCCAUGGCCUCUCUCCUCAAGAAGGAGCUGGAACAGAUGGAAGACUUCUUCCUUGAUGCUCCACUCCUCCCACCACCCUCCCCAUCACCGCAGCUACCACCCUCAGCACCCUCCCUCCCCCUCCCACUCCCCCUCCCGACCUUUGACCUCCCCCAGCCCCCUGCCCUGGAUACCCUUGACUUGCUGGCCAUCUACUGCCGCAGCGAGGCCGGGCAGGGAGACUCAGGGUUGGCGCCCCUGCCCCCACCACAGCAGCCCGCUCCUCCUCCCUCUCCGCCCUCUCGCCCAGCCCCCUACCCCAAUCCUGCCACCACCCGAGGGGACCGCAAGCAAAAGAAGAGAGACCAGAACAAGUCAGCGGCUCUGAGGUACCGCCAGAGGAAGCGGGCCGAGGGCGAGGCCCUGGAGGGCGAGUGCCAGGGGCUGGAGGCACGCAACCGGGAGUUGAGGGAGAGGGCUGAGUCGGUGGAGCGUGAGAUCCAAUAUGUCAAGGAUUUGCUCAUUGAGGUGUAUAAGGCUCGAAGCCAGAGGACCCGGAACAGCUAGAGGGGCAGGAGCUUUGGGUCAUAGGGGGCACUGGGUCUUCAGCUCACUUCUGUUUCUGGGGCUGAGGUGGGAGGGUCCCUCCAUCAUCCAUCCCCCUGUCUGUCUCUCUCUCCUUCUCCCUGUCUCCUUUUAUCUUUGUCUCCUCUCCUGUCCAUUUCUGAAUCUGCUCCCCUUCUCCCUCCCCAGUAUCAUGGAGUGUUUGGCCUUAGUCAACAUCUACACUCCUCAUGUAACAGCUGAGGGCCUGGGGCUUGCAGGGAAUUCAGGGAGCAGGGGAGAGUUUGCAAACCUGGCCUCUCAGACAGGGAAGUGAGGCCAGGAAGCUAUGCAGAAUGAAUGUGCAACUAAGGAUGGGAGAGCGAGCUGGGGACGUGAGGCAGGGAGGGCUUCAGGAAUGGCACCCUACUAAUGAUAUAAGCAAAAAGCAAGCCAAGUGACCUUGGGGAAGUGGCUUUGGGUGGGAAGCCAAAAGACAGCCAAGUUCACAGAGCAGGUGAAUAUGCAGGUAGACGGGGAGGUGGGCAGGGCGAGGGAUGGCCAUAAUUGGUGACUGGGUGUUCAUUUUAGCUCUGGGAGGAAAUCAUGUUUGUGGAGGUGUUGGGAGAGGGGCUGCAUCUAGGUGAGGGAGGGCAGGGACUGAUCCUUUUGGUGAUUUGUGAGCGGAAAUAAAAUGAAGAAUUUCCCCUGGUCUGUGUGGCUUUGUCUUGGAGAGAAGUUGGGGAGAGGGCAGUCUCAGGCCAAAGAUGAUACUAACAGUAGACAGAACAGAUAAUCCUUCUAGUUAAGCUUUUGGCACAUGGCCAAAGCCCAGAUGGG